UUCAGAAGACCCCAUUGUUCUAAGGAUCAACAUAAAUACAGCUAAAAUAUUGACUCAAAUGAAAGCAAGCUCUCAGCUGCUCCACUGGUUUCUCCCAUUUCCAAGUGGCUCCUGAAUUUGUAUGUGGUGAAUCCAAAGCUGGGGAAUGAACAAGAGCUAACAGAUGCACAGUGCCAGAACAAAAUCCAUGUAGAGUAUCUGAAAGAGAGUUAGAAGACAAAAAGAAGUGGGAGAGCACACACAAUGGGUCUAAACUGAGCAAUGAUGAAGGAACUGGUAUUGGUAUUGGCCAUUUGGCCUUUGUUUUCCUCACUGCAGCUGCUGAAGAAAGAAGUUUCAAAUCGGUGUAGCAACAACAGUUAUGUGAUCAAUGUGAUGCUCAUGAAUUACUCGGAUUUCCCAUUAAGUACUGAUAGUUUGGAGUUUGCUGUGAAUCGAGCCAUGGAAAGGGUACAAGAGGAAUUCCAGAUGACAGGAGAAAAUGUUACAGUGAAGGCCGAGUUCCACCGCUUUAAUACAUCAUUCUAUGUCUCACAAGCUUGCCGUACCAGCACCUGUGAAGGUGUGGAGCUCAUCAAAACCAUUUAUGAUUCUAGCCAACUUGGCUGUGCUGUCAUAGGACCUGCUUGCACUUAUGCCACCUUCCAAAUGGUCUCACUCGAAACAAUACUGAGCCUGCCUCUGAUCUCUGUAGGGAGUUUUGGACUGUCCUGUGACUACAAAGAAAACCUAACCCGCCUUCUGACCCCAGCCAGGAAACUGAACCAAUUCUUCUUUCAUUUUUGGAGACAUUCUAAGUUGCCAUUCAAAACCACAACCUGGGAAUCUGUCUACAUUUACAAGAGAGCUGAUACCCCAGAGGCAUGCUUCUGGUACAUGAAUGCUUUAGAUGCUGGAAUCACAGAGUUCUCUGAAAAACUCAAGUUCAAGGAUAUUUUGAGAACUCCGGAGCUGCUUAGAAAAACUGUGAAAAAUCCAAACCGGAAGAGCAAUGUGAUCAUAAUGUGUGGCUCUCCAGAGGAUGUCAGCUCAGACUUAGGGACGGAGAAGGUGGAUAAUGACAUCGUUAUCAUCCUGAUAGAUCUCUUCAAUAACAUGUACUUCAAGAAGAACAUCUCAGCUGAUUACAUGCACAAUGUACUUGUCCUGACUCUGCCACCAGCUAAUUACAGCUACAAUACUGUAAUUAGAGACUACGUAGAGAUGGAGGACGACAUCCUGAUGGAAGAUUACUUUCUUGCUGGCUAUUAUAAUGCAGUGCUGCUGUUUGGACAUAGUGUCAAGAAAUUUGUCGUCUCACAGACCCCAAUGUCACCUUUCAAUUUAAUCCAUGAAUUCCGAAAUACCACUUUUGAAGGUGUAGUGGGUCCUGUGACUCUAGAUGAAUUUGGAGACAUUGAUACCAAUCUGACCGUGCUGUACACAUCACAGACUGCAAAUUAUUUCAAACCUCUCCUGUAUUUCAACACUCAAAGCAAUGACACAUACAAGGCGACUAACAGUCCGGAUUUUAUUUGGAAGAACCACAAGCUGCCCAGUGAUACUCCAGGCACUGGCCCACACAUCUUGACUAUUGCUGUCUUUACACUCACGGGAAUUGUGAUUCUAGUUCUGAUCAUCUCUUUGCUGAUUCUAAGGAAGUACCGGAGAGAUAAUGAGCGCCGGUGGAAGAAAUGGUCCCAUAUACCACCUGAGGAAAUCUUGCCUCUAGAGACCAGUGAGACAAGUUAUGUUAGUUUGAAGAUUGAUGAAGAUAAGAGACGUGACACCACCCAGAGACUUCGUCAGGGCAAGUAUGACAAGAAGGUGGUUAUCUUAAAGGAUCUCAAAAAUAGUGAUGGUAAUUUCUCAGAGAAGCAGAAAAUAGAACUGAACAAGCUCCUACAGAUUGAUUAUUACAACCUGACCAAGUUCUAUGGCACUGUGAAGAUAGACACCAUGAUCUUUGGGGUGAUUGAAUACUGCGAAAGAGGUUCUCUGCGGGAUGUUUUAAAUGACAAAAUAUCCUACCCUGAUGGCACGUUCAUGGACUGGGAAUUUAAAAUCUCCGUCAUGUAUGAUAUUGCCAAGGGGAUGUCUUACCUGCACUCAAGCAAAACUGAAGUCCAUGGUCGACUCAAAUCCACAAACUGUGUAGUAGACAAUCGCAUGGUUGUGAAGAUCACUGAUUUUGGCUGUAAUUUAAUUCUGCCUCCAAGGAAAGACCUGUGGACAGCUCCUGAGCAUCUCCGGCAUGCUGAUGUAUCUCAGAAGGGUGAUGUAUACAGCUAUGGGAUCAUUGCCCAAGAAAUCAUCCUGCGCAGAGAGACCUUCUACACCAGACACUGCUGGGACAACAGAGAGAAACUUUACAGAGUGGAGAAUGGCAAAGGAGUAAAGCCUUUCCGACCAGACCUGACCUUGGAAACAGUGGGAGAAAGACAGGUGGAAGUAUAUACAUUAGUGAAGAGCUGCUGGGAGGAAGAUCCAGAGAAAAGGCCUGACUUUAAGAAAAUUGAGAGUACUCUGGCUAAAAUAUUCAGUAAUUUCCAUGGCCAGACCAAUGAGAGCUACAUGGAUACCCUGAUCCGGCGUCUACAGCUGUACUCCCGGAACCUGGAACACCUGGUGGAGGAAAGGACAGAGCUGUACAAAGCAGAGAGAGACAGAGCAGACAGGCUUAAUUUCAUGUUACUUCCAAGGCCAGUAGUAAAGUCUUUGAAGGAGACUGGCCUGGUAGAGCCAGAGCUGUUUGAAGAAGUCACUAUCUACUUCAGUGACAUUGUUGGCUUCACCACGCUCUGCAAAUACAGCACCCCUAUGGAGGUGGUAGAUAUGCUCAACGAUAUCUACAAGAACUUUGACCACAUUCUUGACCAUCAUGAUGUUUACAAGGUGGAGACCAUUGGUGAUGCUUACAUGGUGGUGAGUGGUUUACCGAAGAGGAAUGGCAACCGGCAUGCAGUGGACAUCUCCAUGAUGGCUCUGGACAUCCUCAGCUUCAUGGGAUCUUUUGAACUGAGACAUCUGCCAGGGCUGCCUGUUUGGAUUCGCAUUGGAAUUCACUCUGGUCCAUGUGCAGCUGGUGUGGUUGGAAUAAAAAUGCCUCGUUACUGUUUGUUUGGAGAUACAGUAAACACAGCUUCGCGGAUGGAAUCCACAGGCUUGCCUUUAAGGAUUCAUGUAAAUGGUUCCACAAUUAACAUCCUGAAAAGAACAGACUGCCAAUUCCAGUAUGAAGAGAGAGGAGAAACAUACUUGAAGGGCAGAGGAACAGAAAUUACCUACUGGUUGACGGGUACUGAGGACAAGAAAUACAAUCUCCCAACACCUCCUUCUGUGGAGAAUCAGCAGCGGUUACACGAUGACUUAGCAGAGAUGAUAGCCAACAGUCUUCAGAAAAGGGAAAAUGAAGGAUCCAAGGCACAGGAGCUUUCGCGGGUAGGUAGCCACCGAUCUGGUACCCUGGAAUACCUGCAACUGGUCAGCACAGAGAAUUUUACCACAUAUGUUUAAAACUGGAUGUCUAGUAUGACUCAAAAAGCUGCAGCAACUCUCUGGACAACUUCAUGUGGAGGCUGGAGGCUUGUAGACACAAUUGGAGGAAAAAGAAAGCACAUUUUCAAGCAUCCUUUUCACCAUCCAACCUGCUAUCAGUAAAUCAAACCUCUCUUCCCUGUAACAUUGAAAUUGUUGGAUGACUUUGUUAGGACACAUGCAGCAUGAUUUGAGAUAAAUGAAAAUGUUUGCACUUGAGUCUGGAAAAUAGUGAGGGUUUUUGCUUUAGUUAGGGUUUUUUUUUUUUUUUUUUUUUUUUUUAACUGUGAUAGCCUGUUCAAUAAUCCACUUCUGAAAAUAUUCCCAGCAAAAGCUUAAUUUGCCAUGAUCUUUAGAUGUUGUAUUUAAUUUGUAAUUUUUAUUUGAAGAAAGAUUUGGUGUAAUAUAUUUGAAAAUAUAAUUAAAUAUAUCAUAUGUAAAACCUG